GCAGUGGAAUGGUACUGUGGGUAAACUGAGGAACUCGGAGAAAAGCCUGUUCAUGUACCACUUUGUUCGCCACAAGUGCCCUGUGGGCUGCCAUGGGUGCAAACCCAGGCCUCCACAGUUUUAAGAAAUGUAUGCUAAUGAUGUACACUCUGAAGAUUGAGGCAGUAGAUUCCUGUGAAACACUGAUAACCACCUACAAGACUUCAUGCUAUAAUAACCCAGUAGAACAAUACUCCAAAUUUUAAUCUUGGGUUUUAGGUAGGAGAUUGGAAGAUAAAAUAUUGUGAACAGAACGAUAACACACGUUCCCCAAACUUGAUCUGCUGUUAACUUCUUCAUGAACGUUUUUAUUAUUUGUUACUGUCCACAGAUGUUUGAAAUUGCAUGGGAAUUGUAUGUAGAAGAACAUUUGCAUGUAUUUUAAUACAGAGUGAAGCUGACGCCAACACAACACUGAUCAGCAAAUUAGACCUGGCAGAACAGAGACGCAAAUCUCGCAUCAGCAGCAGUAACAACAACAAUCUAGGCUCAGAUUCAGAUGGAGAAGAUGGAGGUGCAGGAUCAGAUACCUUGCUUACUAUAUGGAUAACUAAGGGCCCACCUGCACAGCUUGAUGCCCCACCUGGGAAACUCAGGUUCUUGCGAUUGUUUGGACUAACUACAAUUUCUGUAAGGAAUGAAUAUGAGCUGCGCAAAUUGGAACGUUGUCGUGCCCGGAGUCCUUCACUUCCACUGCAGUAUGACAGCCCUCCUUCAGCUGACACCAUGAGUCCACCAUUGCCAUUAGAUUUGCCUCUUCCAUGUGGAAAUCCUGAUGUACUCUGCAGAACACCAGACUUUAAAGGAAAGCAGCGUUUUCUUCGUAACCUUUGUUUGGAGUCUGUCUCUAAGAAGGAGCGAGAAGAAGGAGAAGCUGUAUGGCAGAAUGUGCUAGCAGAGAGGUUGCGUCGAAACUCCCUCAAUCCGAUGGUAGUUUAUUGCAGUCAGACUUUAAAACCAGGUGUUAGGGUUAACAGUACUGAAGAGAAUGCCACAGACAGUACUAACAACAUUCCUUCCAGUUUGGCUUCUUCUGGUGAAAAGAAAUUAAUCUGCACUGUGGUAACAGAUUCGCAUGGUGGAAAGGCUCGUUUGCUAGCGGGUGGAUUGAAACGGUCUCUAAGUCCAUCCACUUCAUCAGAGAAGUCAUUGCUUGUCCUGCCUUCAAAUGGACAAAAUGGAACAAGACCGGGUCUUGUUCAUCAGCUGGCCACAUUGCAGAACGGAGUGAAGAGGUUUGCAGUUGACAUGGAUGGAACUGAGGCAUCUGUAGAGCUGUCUGAACAACAAGAUGGUGGUGAUGAUGAUGAUGAUGAUGAUGACAGACCUGUGAGGUGGCCAGGCUUGGAAAGAGUCAUGGAGGCCUACCAAAAAUAUGCUCGGGGCAAGUUAUAUUUCAGUAUUAUAUAAUAAUUUGUGCGCGCG